AUGGCCACUUACGAAACUCUAAUGAAGAAAUUACUAGAUCCUGUACCACAAUACGUUUUUAGUAUUAUCCCAGCUGUCUUGACAGCAGGUGCUGCACCAAAACAUGCUUUUUUGGAUAAAUUAAUAUGGGUAGGACAAUGUCUUAGUUGUCCAUUUAUGGGGUUACUUUACACCUGCAACGUAAAGAGUGAUGAAAUAACAACAUACUGGCUCCGCAAAUCUCAUUUUGUGGAGGUGAAAAUUAAAGGAGAGGAGAAAAUCGAAACAGAAAUCUCUGUCAGACCUGUUGGACAUCGCGCUAUGGUGAUAAUUAGAUCUGGAAAUAUCGCGAGAUUCGUUGAACAACAACCCAAUUCAAAUUCAUUGAGAGAAAGAUUGGAAAAAUUAUCCGAAUUGAACAAUACCGUGCUAGAAAGAUUGGAAGAAGAAUGCAUAGCAAAUGCCUCUGUGCUGGAAAGAUUAUCGUCGCUGACGUUGGCAUAUUAUAUAUUGAUCGGCAUAAUUGCUGGAAUAGCAAGAGUGAUAGGACCGUUCUCUUGUGAGGAUUGGCCAUAUAUACCAUUAGCGUUUUGUUGGACGCUAACAGCGAUCUACAGAAGAACAACGCACGGGGAAUUACUAGUAAAGGAUCCUGAGAAGAAGAUAAAAAGCGAAAAAAUAUAUGUAAUGAACUCCGACGACAAUGACAAUAAAGUACAAACACAUACCCGUGUUGUACUCACUUUUUUGGCAUCAAUGACAGUACCUUGGAUCUCAGUAUUCUUGGCCUACUUAACACCACCAGUCGGUUUUUUUUGUCGGAGCAAGUAUCUCACAGUGCUUUGUUCCAUAUGGUCAUUAAACAGUCUUGUUGCAUACAUCCACCAUUGGAUAGAAGAAAGAAACAAGACUGUUGAUCUUAUAAUUCAUGUGUGGCUUACUGUUUCCGGCGUGGCAGUAGCCAUGCUUUUAUUUGUUUUAGCUAUGCUAAUCAGUGAAAGUUUAUGGUGGGUAAGCCUGUUUGGAAAAUCUUGUGAUGAUUCGGGCAUAUGCUCAGUUUAG